AUGCGCACCGCCUGUGGACAGGGCGCCGUAGCGAACGUGAAUAGCGGCUUCUCCAUCGAAUCAGCGACGCAAUCAGCGGGGGGCACCGAUAUCUGCGUAUAUCCACGGCGCGCGCCAUCAGCGGCGCUCAGCAAACCCUCGGAUACCAAAGGUGCUUGGAGGCUAUUGCUCCUUGACGGCCACGGCUCCCACCAUACCCUUGACCUUAUCGAGUACGCUGAAGCCCAUAAUAUUGUGCUCUUUGCAUUGCCUCCGCAUCUUACGCAUCUCCUUCAACCGCUUGACGUCGUGGUAUUUCAGCCGUAUAAACAUUACCACAGUCGGGCAGUCGAUUUUGCUAUUCGCAGUGGUGCGAGUAAAAUCACCAAGCUGGAGUUCCUCGCUAUGAUCCAAUCAAUCCGCGUCAAAGCUUUCAAGGAGUCUACAAUCCUCUCUGCAUUCAAAAAAACAGGAAUCCACCCAUUCAAUCCAAAGCCAAUCCUCGAGAGACUCAAAGAGAGGAGCUACCUGCAGAGCCGUAUUCAUCCCCUUUUGGUACCCCCGUUUGAAUCAGUUGGCCAACGUCUCCUUGAGUUUGACCCAAUUGAUGAUAUUGAGAAGGAGGUCUUCGUACAUAACCUUCAACGCUACGUUAAAGGUGCAAUCUCCCAAGGCCACGAGUUAAAGCAAACGAUGGUCGAUCUGUACAAUACCAAGCUUGCCGAGCAGCGACGCCAAGGCCGGAAGAAAUACAAGAACCGCCACCUUCAAACUUACGAUAGGGGCCACAGACUCGGAUUUGUGUGA